AUGUCUUCAACUUUUGCUGCACCAGCUUCGUAUUCCGCACUGCCAUUCAAGGACAUCUCCGUGUCCCAUGUACCAGCCACUUGUCCUACAGCUACAAAAGUCCUUAUUGUAGCUUUCAAUCGUCCAGAGAAGCACAAUGCUGUCACUGCGAACCUCCUUGAAGAACUCGAAUCAAUUUAUCGAAUUAUUGAUCAAGAUGAUCGAGUUCGUGCGAUUGUUCUGACAGGCAUAGGCAACGCAUUCUGUGCUGGCGCCGAUCUACAGGUGGGAUUUGCUCCGCUGAUGGCUCAUAAGGAGAGCGAAGGGUCUAUCUCCAGAUACAGGGACCAGGGUGGUCGGGUCGCCCUCGCCAUGACCAACUGCACUAAACCCACCAUUGUCGCCGUCAACGGACCUGCAGCAGGUUUUGGAAUGACUAUUACCCUCCCCGCCGCUAUCCGCGUAGCAUGGUCUGGAGCAAAACUCGCCUUACCUUUUGCCCGCCUGGGUCUUACCCUUGAGUCUUGCAGUGCCUUCUUUCUUCCUCGACUGAUCGGUCUGGCGAAUGCGACUCAUAUAUCUACUACUGGGGCAACAUACUUGGCUUCUGACCCUCUGGUCAAGUCCAUGUUCUCAAAGCUUCUCCCAACUCCACAAGAGACAGUGGCAUACGCCUUGGAGCUAGCGACAGAGAUUGCGGACAACACUUCGCUAACGAGCACCAAACUGAUGAGGGAUAUGCUGUUAUAUGGCCCUAACACUCCAGAAGAAAUGCACGUGUUGGAUUCAAAAGCCUUUAUAUCUGUUGUCGGGUCGAAAGACAAUGUAGCUGGCAUUAAGAGCGUCAUAAAAAAGACGAAGCCAGAGUUUAGUGGGGCAUUUGAUCAAGCAUCUGUACCGUUCUGGCCAUGGUGGAAGUUCGGAAACGAUACUCAUCCAGAUGCAAAACUCUGA